UACACAGAAAAAUCAAACACAUGGCUUUGUGUUUUGUACUUCUUUGCCUCACGUCUCUGGUGCUUCAUCCCUCCCAUGCCCAAAACUCCCAGCAAGACUACCUCAAUGCACACAAUGUGGCACGUGAGCAAGUCGGCGUCCCGAACAUCACGUGGGACAGCACCGUCGAGGCCUAUGCUCAGAACUAUGCCAACUCCAGAGCUGCAGAUUGCAACCUGGUGCAUUCAAAUGGGACUUAUGGUGAGAAUUUGGCAGAGGGGAGUGGCUCAUUUACAGGCACAUCUGCUGUGAACUUGUGGGUGGCAGAGAAGCCUAACUAUAACUACACCUCAAACUCUUGUGUUGGAGGGCAGCAGUGCCUGCAUUAUACUCAAGUAGUUUGGAAAAACUCUGUUAGGCUGGGGUGUGCUAGGGUUAAGUGCAGCAAUGGGUUGUGGUUUGUGACUUGCAACUAUGACCCUCCUGGCAACUAUGUUGGGCAGCGUCCUUAUUAAUUAAGGAAGCUUAAGCUUAAUCCAGAUUUGAUUAAGCAAUUAAUGGAAUGGAUGCCUGCUAAUUAAUAAGGUCAAAAUAAAAAAUAAGGUGAUAUGUGAUAUAGCUAGGUAAUAAUUAAACAAAGCCUCCUUUGAUAAAAUAAGUGAUGGUGCACUCCUUGCUUUUAGUCACCAAGUGUAUUUUUAUGUUUUGGUUCGUUUUGAGGUUGUCUUGAUCAACUGUUUCAACUUUCAAAGUGUACUUUGCUUGUUGAUUAG